GAUUUUCUCCCAUUUUCUGUGAAAAUAAACAAUUAGUACUAAAAAUGUCCGCAAUGUUCAAGCAAGCAAAGAAAAAGUACUCUCAGCAAGAUCUUCGUCGAAUCAUGAGCGAGACGAAGGCCAAACAACUUCAACAACCACAGAGCGCAGCAAAACGAAUCGAGUCGCCGCUAGCGAGGUAUAACGAUGCAGGUCAGUUGUCGUGCGUUCUCUGUAAGUCAGUGGUACGGUCGGAGGCUGUUUGGAAAGUUCACAUCAAUUCUAAACAACAUAAAGAAAAUGUACAAUCGGCCAAAAAAUUAAAGGAAGAUCCACUACGAACGGUAGCACCACCGAUUGGAUCUGGUGUACUGACCAGCAGAGAAUCGCAUCUGAAACGUUCUGCGGCACCCGUAAUUGGUCCAGAAAUUGCCCCUCCGAAAAAGCUCAAAGGGAUCCUCAAAACGUCUGCGAAUUCUGAUGUCCAACCGGAUGGGGCAUUGCCAGAUGAUUUUUUUGACGCCUCAACGACUGGCGGAGUGUCGAGCAUUCGCAGAGAACUCGUUAACAUACGGUUGCCCGAAAAACAUAGGGAUCAGAAAGUGGAACCAAUGGAACACGACGGUGCGGAACCCAGUGCCAUUGGCGUGGCUUUACCUACGGAUGAGGAAAAGCUACCGGAAGGAUUUUUCGAUGACCCAAAAAUGGACGCCAAGGCACGCAAUCAGGAAUACAAGGAUCCAAAUGAUGAAGAAUGGGAUCGCUUCCAAAAGGAAAUUAAAGAGGCAACGAACGUGUCGUUAGCCAUCAUUAGCGAAGAGCAGGAGGAGUCUACGGCCGAGAGGCAAAUUGCGGAAAUCGACGAACAGAUUCGAAACUGGUCGCGAGUGUUGGAUCUAGAGAAGAAAAAAGAAAGGGCCAAAACGCUGAAAGAUGGUCGGACGAGAGGUAAUCCAAACGGGACCGGCCUGUCGCACAGGAACAAGCCGUUGAUCGACGGCGACGAUAAUGAUGACGAUGACGACGAUGAAGAGUUUGAAGAGUUUUUGGAUUGGAGGUCAAAAAAAUCGUACAAAUAGA